CAAAAAAAGGACAAGAUGCCGUGAGCCAGACCAACGGACUCCUAGCUGGGCUGGAGCCUUGCGCCAAAUACGGAAAAAAGCCUUGCGAAUCUAUUCUGGCUGGUUCAACAUCCUAGCCAUAAACUUUCGAUACAUUAUGAUUGCAGAUGGCGACGUCGGACGUACAAAUACAGGCGCUCUGGCCGACUGCUCCACGGGCGAUGUCUCAAUCGUUCAGAUUUUCGCUAGGUCCACCCUCUUUGUGGACUUUAUCCUGAAGAAAUUGUCGAUGGACAAGGAGACCUCAUCACAGGCGGUGUCAGACCCUGCGUUGAAAGAGCCGAUCACUCGCGAGAAUGAACUGUUGCGCGACAAUUUUGAGCUUGGGGAUCAUCCUGUCUCCAAGGAAGAGCCCCUCAAAGAUCGACUGUGGCUGUUUGAGGUGUUCUCAUGGCUUCUCUGCACGCUCGGUCUCGUCGCCAUCGCCAUCAUUCUCAGCGUCACGCAAGACAAGCCCGUGCCAUCGUGGACAGCGCACAACAGACAUACUGGUGUCAAAUUCACAGUGACCAUCAACUCCGUCAUUUCGCUCUUCAGUACGCUCGUCAAGUCUACUCUUCUGAUCCCUGUAGUUGCGAGCCUGCAUCAAUUGAAAUGGAUUUGGUUCAAGGAUGAGCGUCCUUUGGCUCACAUUAAGAUGUUUGAGGGCGCAGGCAAGGGACCACUAGGCUCAGUCAUACUUAUCUGGACUCUCCGAGGAAGAGCUCUGGCUUGUCUUGGGGCCUUUAUUGUUAUCGCGUCACUAGGUGUCGACUUUACUCUCCAGCAGCUGGUCACAUAUCCUCUCCGUCCUGCGGAGCGCGGAUCGGCGGCGGUCGCUCGCUCAAAUGCUUACUCUGGUGUGCGACCCGGUGCUUUGACAGGCACACCAGCUGUGGAACUGCCGAUGCUUACAGCCGCAUAUCGAGGCGCGUACAACUUUAACGCAACCGAUCUGUUUCUACCUACCCCCAACUGCUCAACAGGUAAUUGUACAUGGCCGGAAAUAUAUACUUCAAUCGGUGUGUGUGGUGUAUGCAACGAUAUUACGACUUUACUGAACGUCAGCUGCUCCACGUACAACUACGAGACCAUCGAAACGGACGAGAAUGGAAACAUAACUGGCCGCACGGUUGUAGGAGCCCCGAUCCCUUAUUGCAAUUUCACACUGCCCGGCGGGCAAGGAAUCAGUGGGAACUUGCAGUACCCGAUCACCUUGCAAGUAAACGACUCUGCCGCAGGUGGCGACAGCUAUUUUUCCAACGGCAUGUCCGCCCAUUUUACAAGCUUCACCAUAAUUCGCGCCACGCCAACCAACAUGCAAGAUUCAGUCAAUGACACCACACGGCAGUGGUACAACUUCACCAACGUCAACGCGACGGAAUGCGGCUUCGACGUAUGCGUGAAAAAGUAUGCGAGCUCAAUGAACAACACAAUCUUUACCGAAACCAUCCUCGAUACAUUCACGAACACGACCGACCUCUCCAUCAGUGACGCGCAAGGCACUGUCAAGAGCGUGAUAAUCCAACCACAGAGCACAUGGACGAAUCACUCCGAUGCCAAGGAUGCCAAUAUCUUUGAGAUCGACCCAUUGACCAUGAUCGGACUGCGCUUCAUGUUUGCACCGAGCUCCUCAAACUCGUUCUGGGACGGAGCCGCCUACGAUGACGGCGCCGGCCACGUCAGCGCCGAUUCUGACAUCGUGAGCUACCUAAGCAACCUGGACAACAACGGUACAUCUGGCAUGAUUGACAGCAUCGCCGCUGCUAUGACGAAGCGCAUGCGCGAGGCUCCUGGAAACGAAGCGGUCGGGCUUGGCAGUGAAGCCACCGGCAUCUUGUCCCAGGACGUCCCAUACGUAAACGUACGCUGGGGAUGGAUCAGCUUUCCCGCGUCGCUUGUCUUCCUUGCCUUCCUCUUCCUGGUCAUGACCAUUUUCGAGAAUACGCGCAAAGGCGCAAUGCUGUGGAAGUCGAACUCGCUGGCCAACUUCUACCACCCGCUUACGAAGGACGGGCGCGACACGCUGCAGACUGGGCAGAACGCCGCGGAGGCGGAGGAGAUUGCGGAGAAGAUGCAAGUUCAAUGGCGGAAAACGGAGGCUGGUUAUCGGUUGGUACAGAGGCAUGAGUGAAAGAAAAUAUUAAAAAAAAACAUCAAAUUCAGCCUUCAUCAGUACAUGCCUAUCUUAAUGAUGAAUGAGUAAUGGCAUCGAGCAGUUUGUUUCCCCAAUUCCAGGCUAUUUAGAUUUUGCUACAGAAGUCAGAAAUGAUGUCUGAACUGGCGCUGUCUCUCACAAUGACCGUGGUGACGAAAGAGACGUCGGGUUUCAUCCAGGGAGAAGAUGUACAUGUCGAAAGUUGCUCAUAUACACUUUUCACAGUAGUGGUAGCAUUUGAAAUGUCUGCCUUGUUGCCCAC